AUGUGGCGAGCGCAGGGGUUCAAUUGGGAGUCGCACAACCACUCGUGGUACCAAAGGCUGAUGGGGCAGGCCAACUGGUUUGCCUCGCUGGGCAUCACCUGCGUGUGGCUGCCGCCCUUCACAGACAGCGUCAGCCCCCAGGGCUACAUGCCCCUCGACCUCUACAACCUCAACUCCCGCUAUGGCUCCGAAGACGAGCUGCGCCGGUGCGUGGCGAAGCUGCAGGCGGCGGGGCUGAAGGUGCUGGGGGACUGCGUGCUCAACCACCGCUGCGCGUCGCACCAGGACUCCGCCGGCGUCUGGAACCAGUUUGGCGGCCGCCUCGACUGGUGCUCCCGCGCCAUCGUCGGCGACGACCGCAACUUCAACGGCAGAGGCCAGCCCCUCAUCCAACACCUUGGCUAUGACAUCUCAGGAUCACGGUUUGAUGCAGCGCCCAACAUAGACCACUCGCAGCCCUUUGUCAAGAGGGACCUAUCAGAGUGGAUGCAGUGGCUUCGAGAGUAUGUCGGCUUUGAUGGAUGGAGGCUUGACUUCGUGAGAGGAUUCCAUGGCAGUCAUGUGCGCGACUACAUGCUCGCAUCAUCCCCCACAUUCGUGGUUGGCGAGUUUUGGGACUCCCUGGCCUACAAUGGAGGCAUACCUGAGCACAAUCAGGACAGGCACAGGCAGCAGAUCAUUGACUGGAUCAAUGCGGCCGAGGGAACGGGCACCGCCUUUGAUGUCACCACCAAGGGCAUCAUGCACGCUCGCUGCGAGUACUGGAGGCUGCGGGACUCGAGCGGCAAGCCGCCCGGCGUGAUGGGCUGGUGGCCCUCGCGCGCAGUCACCUUCCUGGAGAACCACGACACGGGGUCGACGCAGGGGCACUGGAGGUUCCCCAGUCAAGGGUUGGAGCAGGGAUACUGCUACCUGCUGACGCACCCGGGAACCCCCUGCAUCUUCUACGACCACCUGGAGGACCCGCAGCUGGCCAACGCCAUCCAACGCCUCAUCGCCCUCCGCCUGCGCGCCGGAAUCCACUGCCGCUCCCAGGUGACAAUUGUGAGGGCGGAGAGCGACGUGUACGCGGCCGAGAUCGAUGAGUCAGUGGUGAUGAAGAUCGGCGCUGGGGUGUAUGCUCCGGACGACAGCAAGUGGGUGCAGGCGGAGGCUGGCCACUGCUGGACAGUGUGGUAUCGCAGAUAG